AUGGACUCCUCCGACUCUGCCAACCAGAGCGCUGGAGAAACGACACCCCUGCUGCCUCAGUCCGACGCCUCUCGACCGAAGCCCGUACGGACCGUGACCUUUAGCGCGAACCCCGUCAGCCGAACCAUCGAGCCCGAGCCUCAGCGGUUACCAAGGAGCUAUGCCUCCCAUAAUGCGAACCAUCAGGCGAGUGGUAGCGCUCCCGUUGGCCCGCCGAUGCUGGCGGCCCUGAACAGCAAGCUUCGCAGGCGCAACAGUCAGGGGUUCGUGCCCGUUGCGUCGGCACAGGGGCUACCCAAGAUUGGCCCACAGAGAAGCACCAAGAAGACGGAGAAGCUCAAGCUGCUGCCGAAUCCAGAUCUCGUAGACGAGGCCGAGGACGAGGAAAGCGGAAGGGAUGUCUAUGCCCAGUAUACCCGGAUCAAAGACCCGACGGCGCGACGAGAUGCUGCCAGACUUGGAAAAGCAGACCGAGAUCGAUUGCCGCGCGUCACCGCCUACUGUACCGCAAAUCGCUACGAGAUGGACGGACUCAUGAGGUUUCUCAAGGGUCGAGGCAAGACUCGCGGCGCGAAUCCCAAGCUCAUCGACGAGUGUAUCUAUACACCCUACAUGUACGGCAAAAGCCAUCGACACCAUGAGGUGACAGAGCGUAAUCACGACGUUACGGAGCAUAGCAUGGGACGGCGGCACUCAACGGGCAGCGAACCGGUGGACGGCGAGGCCGACCGGGACCGAUUCAGGUCCCUGCACCACGAUAACCGAGACUCUGGCUACGGGGAGGGCCUCAUGAUUGACCAAGCUCGAGAGGAGGCUGGCGAACUUCCCAGCGAAGAGCUGUUAGGUCCCUCUAUGCCCGAGCACACGUCCAUGAAGGAUUCUGUACCAGAUUUUGAUAUCGAGAUCCACACGCCGGAAGUCUUUCUGUUCGACUAUGGCGUGGUGGUGAUCUGGGGCAUGACGGAAGCGCAAGAGGCCAAGUUCCUGAAAGACAUUGCCAAGUUUGAACUGGAGAAGCUGGCGCCUGAUGAUGUCGAGACGGAGCAGUUCAACUUUUACUACACCAGGGAAUACCAGGCGCGGAUUUACAACGACUUCAUCACGCUGAGAGACAAGAAUAACUACAUGACCAAGCUGGCCAUUUCGCAUGCUCUGGCACAGAGCGUCAAGACAUCUCUCUUUGAAGAACUCAUCGCUUCCACCAUCGACACCUGCAAGGACAUCCCGACUCAGAUCGCCUUGACGGGCAAAAUCGCCCUGAGCCGGAAACAGAUCAACAUGCAAAUCGGAGAGCUCUUCAUCUUGAGAAUCAACAUCCAUCUCAACGGCUCCGUGCUGGACACGCCUGAGCUCUUCUGGGUGGAGCCCCAGCUGGAGCCCCUUUAUCAGGCGGCCAGGAGUUAUCUCGAGAUGGAUCAACGCGUUGGCUUGGUCACGGAGCGGUUGGAUGUUAUUGCUGAUUUGCUGGCGGUGCUGAAAGACCAGCUGACGCAUGGCCACGGCGAAAUGCUUGAGUGGAUUGUUAUCAUCCUGAUUGCCAUGGAGAUUUUGGUGGCUGCAAUCAACAUUGUGGUCGAUUUGUACGCGGGGGAAAUCUGA